GUGCGGCGUGCGUCAAGCAAAUCUGAUCUGCUACUGGCACGACUUGAACUCAACUCUUCAGCCUCCGAGUCUGCUAUUAUGGCCUCCUGCUCCUCCAUACUACAACUCCUCUCUCUGCACUGCAGUGUUUGUGCAGUGCUACAACUCGAACAGCCACUGGCGGAUCGGCGGCUAAUUGCCGCUAACCCUUCGAGCGCUUCUGGCCGCCUGGACCUCUCUUUUGAUCUUCUUCCUGCCAGUGGUUCACCCAUCCUUCUUGAUUCUUAAUUGUGUCCCCCUGCAAUGCAGACCAAGCGAGUCUGCUACAUCGCAUAACACACUCCCUUCUUCUGUGCGUGUCGCGUCCGUUUGUGGCCCUCGGUUUGGCCAUUGCCGUGUGACGUCGAACCAAAAGUGUCUCGCGAGCUUCGCGAAGUGUACGUUUUAGGUACCGAUUAUCAGCAUCGAAAGUUGGCCACGCUCCGAACUUAUUACAUCUCCUUCCGCCGUCCUCAUUGAAGCAGUUUACUGGACUACGUUCAUCGCCGGCAACCAUCGCAACUGAUCGAGCCUUGUCGGUGGUGUUGUGCUGGAAGGGAAAUUCUCGGUAGCGGACACGGCCGGCGUCUUGCUCGGAGAACAGACUUUGUAUCGCAGCCACAGGUCACCUUUGGACGAUAGAGCGCGCCCCGAGCUAGAUCGAGGUAAAGGGUCGCGCUGGCCUUUUGGGCUCGCGUCGGGUGUGGCUUUUCGCAGACGGGGUUUUUCCCAACACGCCGCGAGCCGGAUCAGAUGAAACGUUAAGUUGCAGGAGCAGCAGUACCAUCAAUCAGUCUGUCUUUCGACACGCGCGGAAACCACCGUGUGCAGUGUGGUGCAGUAGUGGCAGCAAAAAGCGCAGCGUGGCAUUUCGGGGAUUGACCGGGUUGAAACAAUUUGCGCCAUCCAAACGAACUCCACAACCGCCUGGGGCUGUUUCAUUACUGCAAACCAUCCAUCAUCAUUGCUGGCAUCGAACUGCAACGGGCCUUCAGUUUUCAAGCCACUUCACGCCAGAUCUCUUCGCCCGAGGCAUCACGUGAUGCCCCAGUCCCGCUCCGGUUAGCGCAUAUCCUGCUUACCUAACACUUCCAUUUCUUUUUUGCUUAUGUCGUCGUCGCGGUAUCCUCCAGCUCGAGAUCGCUCUCCUCCCCGCUAUGAUCGCAGGUCCUCAGCCACUUACGGCUCCCUAGGUUCCUCCUACAGGGGCCAAGCAGAUCUUCAGUCACCAUUAUCAGACCGAGCCCCUCCACGCGGGCCAAAAGCUGAGUUUGGCGGCGGCCGCGGGAGUGGUGGGAGCUUUCCUUACUCGUUCCCAUCUCGCGGUCGUGGUGGAGCUUUCCCGGCUCGAGGGGGUGACACGUGGGACAGGGAGCGUGAACGGGAGCGAGACCGAGAACGGGACCGCGACCGUAAUCGAGAUGGUCGUCCAGGCCCUCCCUCGUAUCGAAACCGUGAUGACGACCGAGCUGACUGGCCCCGACGUGACCGCGAUUUCGGCACAGUAGAGCGCGCUCCAACCUCUGCGAGGGAUGGUGGUCGCCCGUACGCCGGCAGAGACCGGUCUGCUUCUCCCAUCCGACCGCGCAAAGACUCGCGUGAGUCCGUUCCCUCCACCUUCAGCCGGCCUCCGGAUUCUGCGUCUUCGUAUUAUAGUCCAGCAGUGCGCGGCGGGCUAGGACGUGGAAGGGGCAGAGGUGACUGGGACAGGGGCAGAGGUCGAAGCUCCUUCGUUGCCGAGCGUGAUCGUGACCUGUUUCAUCCUCGGAGUCGGUCACGAGAGGGCUGGCGGGAUCGUGACUUUGACCGUGGGCGUCCGUUGCCCUCAGAUGCUGAACGGCCGGACCGCUACGACCGGCGCGAAUACGAUCGCAGCAGGGAACGUGACUCGCGAGGACACCAUGACCUAUGGCCGAGAGAGCAGUCCCCUGGCAAAAGUUCCGUAGGAACAGCCUCUGGGACUGCCGCCACUGCGUCUGCUUCUGCAACCGAUCGCAUUGGAAAACCAGACGUCGAAAUUGCCCGGAGACCAUCGGCUGCGCCCACCACUACCAGUUUAGGGCGGGAAGGAAGACGCGAUGGUGAUCAAAUUGAUUCUUUUGGAGGUUCUAGGACGGAACCAUCUCGACGAGAACCCCCUCAGAGUACGCCACUGCCGACUGCCGUCACUGCUCUCGACUAUGGCCCGCCUCCAUCUGUGCCAUCUCUCGCUACAUCUGCGACCGAGAAACCCGCGCCUCCAAAGGCUCAGCCUCCCAAGGUUGAACCAGCAGUUCCAAUGCCGUCGUCCAAUUUUCAGCCGCCCAGCGGGCCAAAGGCUGCACGGACGUCUAUCUCAGCACCGUCAGCCCCGACUCCCAAGGUUGCUCAGCGUGUGGAGCCAUGGCCUCGUCCAGACUCUACUUCCCGUCCUCGCCCGAGUCUUUCUUCUUCUGCCAGCAAUCUCUCCACAGAUGCUCCAGUGCAAAAGGAUGACACGCGCCUGGAGCCCAAGCCUCCUACAGCUCCAGCUGCAGCCCGCGUCAUGCCGCCAAAUGUCCCCUCCGGCCCACGAUUGACCACAGCUCCUCCCUACAGACCGAGAUUACCUUCGAUCGAGCCGGCAGCUCCUGCGGUUAUUCCUACCGCCCUCCGGGAAUCUGUCAAACCCAGCGUAGCCGACAGCAAAGCCCCCGCGAUUCCCACUGGACCCCGUCUGGACAGAGAAGCAGCGAGACCCGUGCCGGGGACAGGGUCAAAAAUAUGGAUCUCCCCCGAUUACAAGCCAAAGCCGCCAAGCACACCUGCACCCAACAAGACGUAUCAACCGGAAGGGCGUGAGAGGUCAGCCAGCAUUCCGACGGGCCCCAGACAGCCGAACACGUUUCCCAAUGCCGCAGAUAGGGCUGCCGGUACCGGUACAUCUGUUCCAUCUGCACCCAAGGCGCUGCAGCCCACAAGUCCUCGCGUUGAAGAAGCAAAAGCUACUCCAGUCUCUCCAAAGAAGGAGUCUGUAGAACAACAACAGCCGCCACCCGAUGUUGAAAUGUCCAUGCCUGCUUCAAGCGAGGACGAAGAUGAGGCAGAGGACGAUGCAUUCGACGAAGAGUAUUUUGCGAAAUCUGAAGAAAAGUUUCGGCAAGAGAUGGAUCUGCUUGAGGCGCGAAAGCCGCCACCCUUACUGCAAGACGAGACUAUAGUGACUCUCCUUGUUAGAUUGCAGUUCCUGCAGAUGCUCAUGAAAGAGACACUGGAAAGUCUUCCUUCACCAGCCGUGGCUGCCAGCAAAGGAGAGGACAGUUCGGCACCUGUGAAUGCGUCCACCGGGCUCCCGUCGCCAGGCCAUGCUUCUAACGAAGAGCAUGUCAAGUCUGAUCAGGAUGAUGACGCGCGGCCUUAUCCCAAAGGCAGGCCACUCAAGCAACCGCAUAUCAACCCCAUUCCAACUCCACCUAUCGAAGACCUACCGUACCUCAAGGAAGGCCCUCCCGAGAGGGUCGUGUUCGAAGAAUCCGACAAUGAGGUCGAACAUGAAGCCGUUUCCAUUCUCCUUCAGCAAGAGUUUGAACGAGCUGCAUGGGAUUGGAGAAGUGAUCUUGAAGACAUGCACGCAGAGUUUCGACGGAAGUAUCCGCUAUGGAAACAGGAGAUAGCCCAGCUUGAACAUGAGGGCGACCAGCUGGCAAGCCCUGCUCCGGCCUCUCCAGCACCGUCUGCUACGGCUUCGGUUACCCCUUCGCUUACGCACGAGCGAACCCGAGGAGCCCGGAACACUACCGAAGCGGAUUUGCAGGCGGCCAUUCUGAUGUCCCAACAGUCAUUGCGAGAAGAAGAGGAAAGAAGAGAACGAGAAGCUGCCUCCAGCUCGCAACCAAAUUACGAUUUGGAGGCCGUAAUUCCUCCUAUGUUGAAGCCUGCCGACGUUGAGCUGUCCAAGUUUGAGGAGACGAACGGAUUGGUGCCCUUUGAACUCGCAUUGGACGUUUUCCGCUUUGUGCCUCCAGAGGACGACUUCACUGAAGAAGAGCAGGCUCUCUUCAUUGCAGCAUAUUGCCAAUACCCUAAGAAAUGGGGUAAGAUCGCAGAGUCUAUCCCCGGGCGGACGUAUCAAGACUGCAUUGUUCAUUACUAUUUGACCAAAAAACAAGCGCGCUAUAAAGACCUCUGGAGACGAUCUCAACCGAAGAAGAAGCGCGGUAGGGCCGCGACGAAGCCCCGGUCGACCGCUCUAAUGUCAGAGUUGGACUAUCGCAACGACCCGGAUGCAGCGCCCGUUGCCGUUACCGACAGUGGGAGGCCACGGCGAGCAGCGGCGCCAACAUUUGGCGAUGCUGCUAGCGAAGCCGACUCCUCGACUCCAGCGCCGCAGUCGAAAAAACUUACUGCCGCCUUGAAGGACGGUAGCGCCGAACCAGCCACGACAAAGCCGACGCGUGGGCGCAAGGCCGGCAUCGCCACCAGAAAUCGCAGGACAAAGGCUCAGAUCCUGGCCGAUCAGCAGGCACUACUCCUCCAGGCCUCCGAAGGGCCAGCAGGCAAGCAUGCCUCUACUGCAAAGGGAGAAAAGACUAGGACAGUUCUACCCACAGAAACUACGUCCAUCAGACAAGACAUAGCUCCUGUUCCACAGGUACUACGCCCAGCUGAUGUUGGACUACAACAAUAUCCUGUCUCCGACAUGCCGGCUGCCCCGCCAGCUAUCCAGCAUCCUGCGACAUCCCAGGUAACAAGUUAUUGGUCGGUUCCUGAGGUACAUAAAUUCCCGGAGCUUCUAGCAUAUUUUGGCCACGACUAUGCGGCGAUAGCAGAUUUCAUGAAGACCAAGAGCGUCACUAUGAUCAAGAACUACUUCAUGCGACAAUUGAACGACGGCAAGGAGGAGUUUGAAAGAUUCGCGCAACAAGGUGACCAAAUGAGGUUGAGUGGCAAUGGCUUGGGACGUCCACCAAGUCCUAUUGCCCCUCCCAAACGUCGGUACGAAGCGGCGUCUACGAUCGCUCCUGUGGCUCGCCAUGUAACACAUGCUGAGCAGGCCUUGGUCGACCCGGAACCUGCUGUUUUGGCCAGCAAACAAGGCAUCGUUGAGGACUUCCCCCGCAACACGGUGGAAAGAACUGCUACUGGUGAAGUGGUUUCGAAGCCUCGGGUACAGGUGAUUGCUGAGACGCCUUUAUCUGGUGCUUCUGCAGGAAAUCCCGAUGAGACAUCGAGGUUGACAAAUGAUCGCGAGUCCCUAUAUGCUCCGAAGCCCUUGCAUGGCCCUAGACCGGGAGUGUUCCAGGAGGAGCACCGCGCUUUUCCAGCACCGCGCCAACCCCUGCGAGUGCCAAUGCACGAACCCUCGCCUCAGAUACACCCGCAGCGUCCUCCAGACCUGCCUCGCACCGAGUUAAGUCAGCCCGCUCCCAUGUCAGCAGUUACGCACCCCAUUCUCGGGCAGCGAGAGUCCGCAAUUCAACCACUCCAGCGGGCACAAGCUCCUCCAGUCACAAUGGCUCAGAGUCUGCAGCCGCACUUGGAACACUAUGACCAGCAAUCUGUGUUUCGCCCCAGCCAUAGCCGCGCCAGUAGCACCGCCACGCCCAGUCAAAUGGCUCCGGAACAAGGGCAAGAUCUGUCCUCAUUCCGACGGCUGGAAAACCAACGUGUUCACUAUGGGCCUGGGCCAGCCAUCUCCCCAGCAUCAGUGUCUACUCCAGUACCUAUGUCGUCCCAGCCACUCAGAGCCGACAAUGCACAACCUACUUUAGUACCGCACCCUGCGGACCCCCCCAAACCGCCGGGCAAGCGUUCCAAUGUGUUUGGUCUGCUCAAUGAUGACCCUCCGGACCCGCCGCCAAAACGACCAACCCUCGACACAGGCAAGCGACAGUCGAUGCUGUCGCCGCAGGUUGCCCCCGUAUCUACUCCUCAUCCUCAGCUGCAACCAUCGCGAGGUCAAUCAGUGCCCGACGACCCCAGAACAGUCCGAGGCCCGUACGGACUCAGCGGGGGUCUACAGACUGCUUCCAGUCAACCGGCGCCACCGGAGUAUCCUAGUGCAUUCUCCGCUACCCCAGGUCCUCCGCCGAGCAAUGAGUCAUGGAUGGACCGGUUCGACCCACGGACCCAAGGUGCACCUAGUGAGCAACGAGGCCAUCAUCAGUCUCCCGGCCCGGGCCAUUAUUCGGUCGUGCCGCCUAGAAGCGAGCCAGGUAUCAUGGCUGUGCGGGGAGAAACUCCGCGGGGACUGGAACGACCUACAGUCGACCAUCGACGAACCUUUUUAGGGCAGGUGAAUCAAAUGCCGCAUGCAUCAUCACCUCCACCGCAGCAGCAGGCCAGCCAACAAGCACCGCAGUAUCGUUCAGCUUCCGGGUCUUCACAGCAUGCCCGAGUGACAUCACUAGGAUACUCCAGUGCUCCAGUAGGGAGCCCGAACACUUCAAUCAGCCAGCAACAGGUGGCAGCGAACCACCCACAGUCGGCGAGUUCCACGCCGGGUCCCGGAGCGGGCCUUCACCAAAGAGGUCCGACCUCUUUUGACUAUCCGCCUCGGUUGACAAUACAACAACAUAUGGCUCAACAGAGCCAGCAAAAGCAGGAGCAACAUCGAGACCACGAACGAGAGUACCAACGGCAGCGCCACCUGGAUGUGACUCAACGUGAGCGAGAUCGUGAGCAGCAACAACAGCAACAACAACAGCAGCAGCAGCAGCAACAACAACAACAACAACACUUGAGGCGGGAGAUAUACAACGUCGAACAACAUCCACCAUCAGCAGUGUCUCGACAGAAUCAGUUGGGCUCCGCUGCCAAUCAGAGCCACAUGGCGUUUGCUCAGCGUGAGAUACCUCGAACCUUCACGCCGCCCCAUGCACACAGUCCCAACCAUUCUCAAUACCAAGCCCCGGGACCUGGAAGCCUAGCAGGACCAGCAAAUCAUCCGCACCAGCAUCAGCACCAACACCAGCACCAGCAACAACAUCAACAUCCACACCAGCACCAGCACCAGCACCAGCACCAGCACCAGUAUCAGUAUCAUGUACCAGCUGCGGCGGGCCCUUCUCCUCACCAAGGCCCGGGCGCUGGGCAACCGACCCACCGUUCGCUGCAUCAUGUCCACCAUCAGCAGCAGACUCAGCCGCAGAAUCUUCAUCCCGGACCAACCGGGCACUUUCGCGGCUUGAGUCAGGGUGGAGAGCCUGGUAGGCGGGAAGAACGACGGUGAAGAGCUGCUAGAAGGUUAUGGAUGCUCCUUUUGUGACGGUCGGGCGGUCCGACAUCCGAACUGGACAUAUUCCAAAAGCUCAGUGUCAGAGUAGCUGUGUCGGUUGUGAGUUUGUCUAUAUAUUCGUUGACACAUGUUACCCGCUUUGUCACGGCUAGCGCUGUCAGUCCAGACUUGGUUUUGCUGUCAAUUAGCACAUUGUCGUGUGAGAUGUACAUCAGAUAGUUUGUUCCCGUUCUGCAAUGAAUGGAUGUGGCCAGUUGUUCAUCUAAUGCAUGGGCAUCCCGUCAGUAGAUUGUGACAUUUGUAUGCAUUGCAGGCACCAGUCAACGUAGUCGUGGAUAUUGAUCGACAGGGUGUAUACCAUACCAGUGGCAGUUUCGCCCUGGCAGUUGUAACCGGAGGAUUUAUUUAUAUACUGCUCCUAGUACGUCAUUGGCGAGAAUCGAG